AUGAGCAACAGCGAUAACAGCAACAAUGAAUCGGCUUGGUUUUUACGCCGACUCCACCAGACAGAAUUCCGGACCAUAGAAAUUCCGAGGGAGGGACCCAUUAAAUUUAUGCGCGAUAAUCCGAUGUCAUGUAUUCACUUAAAUUCGGUGGAUUACCGGCAUGUUUCGCGAACGCACUGCACAGUGGAGUGUGUUAAUGGGCAGCUGGUGAUAACUGACGAUUCGUCAUCGACAGGGACACACAUAAAUGGUCAGAAGAUAUUGAACAAAAAAAACCGCGGCACUGAGAUUCUAAAGGAGGGCGACGUGAUUGGCAUUGGCUGCCCGGCAAUGUACGACGAUUCCUACUACCAAAUCCAAAAACAUGCGUUGUUGUUUCGGGUUUGUCGCCACAGACCACGAGUCCCAACAGUAAAAACGGAGGACAAUGUAAUAGUCAUCAGUGAUGACGAGAGCUUGGGUGAAACAACAAACGGCAUGUCACCGUCAUCGGCUGCACCGACCACACUCGAGCAGAAAGUAGAGCAGUGUGAGCCACCGGAUAAACCCUUUCUUCCGCCGCUCUUACAUGCUAACGAAGAAACCGGUUCAAGGUCUCCGAACAAGGUUGAACUUCCGUAUCAGAGCGACAGUGAGAUAAACGAUGUCGAAUUGCCACCGUUGCACCGAAUACCGGACUCUCCUGUGCAUGAGAACAGCGAGGACUCGACCGUUAUCGUGUUGGAUGAUGACGAGUACACUGACCAGCACUAUUCGCAGAUGGUGUUGGAAAACAUCAAGACCGAAAGUGUAGAUGUACCAGACGAAGGACAAGAUGCCAACGAUUGUCCGGAUGUUUUGCUGUCGGAAAGAAGUGUGCUUGAUGUAUCGAAAAAGAAAGAACACCAUAAGCAGAUUGCGAAAAAGUUGCAAGAGGUGGCGGCAAAGGAGUCAACGCAAAAGACCCUGGAAGCUAGACAGCGCAUCGGUGCACAGCAAAAGACGGGCGUCACAUUGCCGAGACUUGAGCUGAGACAUGACAUUUGGGACUAUUAUAAGAAGAGUUCACGAUUAUGGUACGUUCGUCUAACUGAUACGACGGUUGGGGAAAAUACCCUCAAAGUAUUCCAUUGCGAAGUGCAUACUAGAGGGCGGAAUGAUAUGCCGUUAUUAUCGGCGGGCAUGAUUGGGGUUCUCGAUUACCCCACGCUUGAUGGCCAGCGAAACCGUUGUUUCGGUCACAUAAUCAGAAAUAUCAAAGCAUGUUUCAGCGGUUCCAAUAACAACUCGGCUGGAACGUCUUUCCAGCGCUACACGUGCCAAAUGAAUAUGUUGUCUGAUCAGCUGGUAAUGGAAAAGCAUAAAGACGACAGCAUCACCUUCCGACCGAUCACAUCGAUCAGUUCACACAUACGGCAGGCCAUUGGACUGUGCAUGAUGGAGCAUUCUCGCAUACUUCCCAUUAUUCUCGAUCCGGAACAAAACCGAGAGCAGGUGGUUGUGCCUGAAAAUGCGUUUAAGAAGCACAGCAAAGUUAGGAUGGAAACCGUGGCAAGGAUCACUCCGAAUGCCCUGAACGAAGGGCAGAUGAAUGUUAUGCUGUCAGUGCUCGAGGAGUGCUGCCUGGUGGAGUCACCUAGCGUUUCACUGAUCCAAGGACCUCCGGGCACGGGCAAAUCACGAGUCAUUAGCCAGCUUGCGCUAGAACUAUGGCGUUUUCGGCGUCCUGCGAUGAAGGUGAUGAUCUGUGCCCAGUCGAAUACGGCGGUUGAUGUGAUUGCUGCCAAGCUGAUCGACCUACGAAAUGAUUUGGCCGAGGGACACCGUUUCAAUUUGGUCCGGAUCGGCGCGGGGGACAAGAUCGAUGCGUCAUGCCGUUCAAUUGUUCUCGAACAAAUUGUGUACCAGAAAAUGCAAGACAAACGUUUGCUGCCGAAUGAUGGACAUAUUAAACUGGAAGAAGUAAUCAAACGCUUGAGCAGUUUGAAGAUGGAUGCGCGGCGAGAUUGUGAGUCCACCAAGCGUGAUAUUAUGGAGGCCGCCGACAUUGUCUGUACGACGCUUGGUAGCUGCCAUGUGAUUGCAGCGUAUUGUGAUACGAUCUUUGACGUGUGUAUAAUAGACGAAGCGAGCCAGUGCACGGAACCGUCUUCGUUCGUACCGUUGCAGUACGAUAUGACGAAGCUGGUCCUGGUGGGUGACGUCAAGCAGCUACCGGCCACCGUGGUAUCAAACAAAUCGAAACAGGCCGGGUUUUGUGACUCUCUCUUCAGUCGCAUGUACAAAUGGUUUCACAGAGCGAACUUCUCCGCCGGUAUCAAAAUGCUCAACGUACAGUAUCGUAUGCACCCGGAGAUUUGUAGCUGGCCGAAUAACCACUUCUACGACGGCCGAUUGAUUUGCCACCCGACAACAGCAGCCGGUGGUAAGCUGCCGUUGCUUCCGUAUCUCGUGCUGAGUUUGGGCUAUGAUCAGGAGUUGACCCAGAUUCAGCACCAAGUGUACAACCGUGAUGAGUUGGUAUUUGUCGUGAAGCUGUUGAAGCAGGUGCUAACAUACUGCAGGAAAGAUACGUCCGUUGCCAUCAUAACACCGUACCAGAGGCACAAAUCCGAACUGGUGUUUGAAUUGAAGCGUAAUCAGUUACAGCAGAUCGCAGUUCAUUCGAUCGAUUCGGUACAGGGCAAGGAGUUCGACAUUGUCUUCGUUUCGUUGGCCCGUUCCAUUGGCACUGGAUUCCUCAACUCUGGGGAGCGGAUCAACGUCGCUCUGACCCGUGCUCGGCAUAGUCUCAUACUUUGUGGCAACUUUGGCAGUUUGAUGAGAACACCGGUAUGGUCGGCGCUGCUUAAAGAUGCACAGGAGCGCAAAGUGCUGCACGAAUUGGAGGGCGUCUGUGCUGAUACUGAUGUGAACAGUAUUGUGAAGAAGCUACGAAUUCGUCCGAAUCUUUGAAAGGAUUCGAGCGAGUGAUCCAAAGUU